GAUUCCUAUAGAUCUCCUCUGUCAGUUAAACCACAUUAGUUGUCAGAAAUGGCACAGUAGCUAGUCAGUAUGAUUUAAAUGGUUGCUUCAAGCAGACGAGAGCUUAGACUGUCUAACCAUUAUUUCCCUUUUGCGUACGUGUGUGUUUGAGCGAUUUUGUGUCUGAUCCCAGCAUGGUCAGUGUCAUAACCCCGCUCUGACCAAUCCAGGGUCAGCAUGUCCACAAACAGAGAGCAGUGGGGAUCAGUCGCUCAGGGACAUAAGGAAGGGGGUGCUUAUUCGAAGGGUUGGGUAGAAUUAGGUUUCUGGGAUUAGUGUCAGAGUUUGCAUUGUCUAGUGAUGGAACCACUAGAUCUGGGUGGCAACAACAACAACGGAGAUUUCUUUUCUGGAUCCACUGAAUUAUUUUGUCUGUAUCGGAUGAUGAUCUACCCUAAAACAAAAUGAAACUCUGGAAAAACAAAAACUCACUGGGAUAGUUUUGAACUCCUGUUUACUUUCGAAGGAUAAGAUCUGUUUUUAUACAUUUUUGGGGAUUAUAUUACCAUGGUAUCUCAGAAGCUAUGGUGGUGCUUUUGACUCAGAAUGUUUACUGUCUGGCAGUGCCUUUGCUUUUCAAGAGGAAUGCAGUCCCAAAGCAUGAGGAUGUUGGGACUCGCGUCCCACCACACUUCCAGGAGAAUGUGUUCAUCGAAGGCAGUCGGCCCAAGUACCUGGAGGACCUGCACACUGAGGCCCUGGAGGGACUCAAACUGCAGCAGCAGGAAGAAACCAAUAAUUGGGUGGAUUACCAGGAUGACCAAAGUGUCACAUCGACAGUGACCCGGCUGCCAGACGACACUGAGAGUGACAGUGAGAGGAGAGGCUAUCUGUCAGACAGCACCAUACCAGACACAGCGUCACAGGUCUCAACACGCUCCACUGUCUCCACACGGUCCUCACGGUCAGGACUGACCCGCCAAGCAUCAACCUUCAGGCCCCUGAAGCCAGAGAAGGCCAAGGCCAGGAGGAGACACAGGAGAACCACAGUUAUGGGGAUACCACAUCACGUCCAGAGGGAACUGGGGUUGGACAGAGCCUCAUGGGCAGAUCGUCAGGUUAUAGAUGAGGGUGGGCUCCCUAACGGUGAGAGUCUGGACUUCCCCACCAUCGAUGGGCCUCACCUGGCUGGUUCCCAGGAGGGGGUGAGGAUGUACCUCCAGUCCGUAGAAGGCCUGCAACCUGUCUGUGAGGACCAGAUCCAGAAGGUUCCCUCCCGGGCCGGACACAAAGACGACCUGGCUCUCCUCCAGCACAUGGGCCUCCAGCUGUCCGACCUGAAUCGGCCCAAGUCCCUGGCUGUCCCCUGGAUGACCACAACCUCUAGCCUGCUUCAGCUGCACCCCAGCCCCGUCAUGUCCAUGUCCCCCCAGGCCACCUACAUGUCUAAGAUCAUCCCCAACGCUGUGCUGCUACCCUCCAUAGACGUGGUGGAGAUCACCCGGAACCGUAGUCGGAGCAGCGUUCGUACUGUCAGUAAGAGCAGCCUGCUGCUGGCCAGCCCUGCCUCCUCCCGCGCCUCCUCCCGCGCCUCCUCCCGCGCCUCCUCCCACGCCUCCUCCCACGCCUCUACCAUGUCCUCCGCCUCCCGCUACAACCCACCACACUUCUCUGACAGCUCUGGAUGGAGCCACUCUGAGUCCUCUGAGACCCUGGUGUCUGACUCUUCCACCAUCUCCUCCAACAGCACCACCAGACAGGGGGGCUCACAGAGGGGGGGUGGGGAGGGUUCAUCCAGGGAAACGUCCCUGGACAGCAAGAGUAUCCACUCCUCUAUCAGUAAGGCCUCCAGGACCUCCGCCACCAACGGCAAAGGGAAAGCCAGAGGGGAUGAUGGCAAACAGGAGGGGCCCUUCGCCCGGAGCAUGUCUGUGAUGAAGUCCAAGAGGGCACCGGCCCCACCCAGCCGCUCCUACUCCCUACACAAGGACAACAUGAAGAGGCACUCGCGAGACCUGAUUGACAACAUGGUUACAGCCCCUCCCCAAAGCAGCCCAUUCCAGGGCGGGGAGGUUAAGGCUGUCAGUGCUGGGGAAAGUAACAACUUUAGCCCUGGCUACACAGCAGACACCAGCUCUCUGGAUGAGUCUUCAGGCUCUGUGACAGCCAGCCCCUUCAACACCUCACAGCAGGCAGCCAGGGAGAAGGUGAGGAACGAGCAGCCAGGCUCCACAGGCUUUUCUCCCCAGAAACAGACCCCCCAGGAAAAUGGCCUGAAGAAUGUCUCUCCCUCCAGCGGCUACUCCAGCCACGGCUGCACGCCCACCCUCCUUUCCAAACAGACCCAUAACCCAUCUCCAGGGAAAAAAAGAGGCAUCCGAGCAAUCAUCUUCCCAGUGGCACCAUCGCCGGCAGCUUCAGCCCCAUCGCUUGUCAUUCAUCCCCAGGCCUCUGACAGCAGCAAGACGCCUGAGCCAGUCGCCACUGUAACUCCCUCACCUUCAGUCAUGUCACUCAGAGAGCUGUUCAACAUCCCGCCCCCACCCAAGGUGUCUGCCCCCUCUCCUCCUCCUCCGGAGGUAUGGGCACACAACAAGUGUACAUUUGAACUGCUGCUAGGUCCCCCGGCCCCCAACAACACGGUUACGAUGGUGCGAAAGAACCCAAAGGAUCGACGACAGCAGAGGCAGUCUCCCUCCACAUCAAGAGAGGGUUAUGUUAAGAACUUGUCACCUGAGAGGAGAGAUGAGGAGGCAGCACCAGAGCAGGAGGCAGGAGGUGUGCUGGAGAGGGUCACUGAGCCUCAAGCUGAAGAGCAGACAGGUCCAGCAGACCAGGAAAGGGUACAGUCUUCCAUUGUGGAGACUAGUAAUCCAGCAGCACAUACGUUUGAGUCAGGAAAGGGUCAGGAGAGUGAAGUAGCACAGAAGGUUGAAAAGAGGGUCCAAGGAAGUCAGUUGGGAGUUGAAGAGAAGGUGCAGGGAAGUCAGUUGGUGGUUGAACCAGAGAGGGUCAUUGUAAAUCAGUUGAUAGGUAAACUAGAGAAGGUCCAGACAACUAAUUUGGUAAAUGGGAAAUCGGUGAACGCCGCAGUAGCUCCAGGAAAGGGCCUAGAAAAAGUAAAGACCAAAAUACAGACUACUACUCCUGCUGCAGCCAAAAAGACUGAAUUCCAACCUAAAAUGGACACGUCUAUGGUAAGCCCUGCUCGAGCUCACAUCUCCCCAUCUCCGUCUCCUCCCCCAGCACACUAUCCUCCCCUUCCCCCUUCCAAACAGACCCCACCUGUGGCCCCCUCAGACUCUAUGCCUGCUCCAGAGACGCCACUACUCUCCACCACUGGGGAAUCCUCCUGGCCCCCUCCCCCUUCUCCCAUGGACUUGGCCACCCUUGGCAAUGAGCUUGACCUGCCCAUUCCCCCACCACCAAGGGUAGUUAUAACAGAAUAUGUGCCCUCUGUUUCAUCUAUACUACAGGGAAUCCCACCUCCACCCCAGGGAAUCCCACCUCCACCUCCCCAAGAAGCCCCGCCUCCACCAAAAGCAAAGUUUGGUCCUUCUUCCUACAUCCCUCCACCUCCCCAAAGUAUUCCACCCCCACCUCCACUGGAAAACAUACAGCAGCACUGUCCAGUGACCACAGAGAGACAGAACCAAGAGAAGUCGUCCCUCAGCAAGAGCUCUUUCUCUCCCACUCCCCCAGAGGAGGGCUCCACUCCCGUGGUCACCCCCACCCUUCUGCAGACGGUCAAGCUGAGGUCUGUCAAUAAUGGUGACCAGGAUCAGGAAAAGGACCAGGGACAGGACUGGACAGGGGUCACUUUGAGGGCCAAAAAACCCAGUAACGGUGAGGCUCCUCAGAAGCCUAUUCGAAGGUCUCUGUUCAUGACAUCUCCCCCUCCCACUGUCACAUCCCCAACUACGACUGUUAUCUCACAAUCUCCCAUAGCCCAACCCCCAGAGGCAGCCCCAGCCCCAGCGGCAACCCCACAGGCAGACUCAGAGCCUGCCCCAGCCCCCGUGGCAGCCCCAGCCCCAGAGGCAACCCCACAGGCAGACUCAGAGCCUGCCCCAGCCCCCGUGGCAGCCCCAGCCCCAGAGGCAACCCCACAGGCAGACCCAGAGCCUGCCCCAGCCCCCGUGGCAGCCCCAGCCCCAGAGGCAACCCCACAGGCAGACCCAGAGCCUGCCCCAGCCCCCGUGGCAGCCCCAGCCCCAGAGGCAACCCCACAGGCAGACCCAGAGCCUGCCCCAGCCCCCGUGGCAGCCCCAGCCCCAGAGGCAACCCCACAGGCAGACCCAGAGCCUGCCAUGGCCACAUCCCCAGAGGCAACCACAGCCCCGGAGGCAGCCACAGCCUCAGCUCCAGAGGGAGCCACAACCCCAGCCACAACCCCAGAGGCAGCUGCAGAGGCAGCUCCAGCCACAGUCCCAGCUGAGGCCCUAGAGGUAGCCACAGCCUUAGCUGAAGCCCCAGCCAAGCCCCAGCCCAGCAUACUUAAUUUACCCUUAAAGUCAUCCACUGUCACCUCUCCUACGAGGAAGUCACCUCCUGCCUCAGCCACCACCCCCUCCAUGAGGAUGCAGGAGGCCAUCCGCUUGAGGACAGCAUCCAGAAGUAAAGAGGGGCCUCCCUCUCGUCUCAGUCUGCACUCUCCAACAAGUCUCAAGUCUCCCUCCUCCACCGCCAGUUUCAUCUUUGCCAAGAGCACAAAGAAGAUUGUCAUAGAGACCCCCUCAUCCCCUGAGGCCCAGGCCAAUCUCACAAAGAACCUGAUAGCUGAGCUUUCAUCUGUGUCUAUUCCAGCCAAGUCCACAGAAACACAGAAGGUGGUGGUCAAGGUGCCUCCACCUGUGUCAAGGAAACCCAAGCCUAAGGUCAAAGAGACAGAGCCCAGUGUGGAGACUGAGCAUGUGCAAACUGCGGGUCAGGAAGCAUAGCCAGCAGACAACACUGAGGGUGCUCCAGAGGCUCCAAGCGGGACAGCAGUGCCACCAUUAUCCUCCACAUGAGCAACACUGCCACUAAGCAAGGAUUAAUCAUUCACAAAGACAUUGACUUUUAUCUGUACAUUGAGAAGACACCACAUGUCAAGCACAAUAUGCAAGAGGGAGAGAGAGAUGGAUUAAAAAAAAGAAGUGAGCAGAGGACACAUACAGAGCCUUCUGAAGACAGGGCAACUGGACAUAACUAAAUGUAACCCUCUCACAUAGGAGCUCUUUGACUUUGAAAUCCUUUGUGUAUUUAAAAUGGUGUUGGUCUUUAAUUUUUCUAAUACUCUUGUUGUAUUUUGGAGCAUUUUUCUUUGGCAGAGGGACUUCUUACUGGUCUGAUUUAAUAAUGGACAGUCAGUCAGUCACACUGCAUGCUGGUCUAGGUUGCCCUCUAGUGUCAACUAUGGAAUGUCACAGCUACUGCUGUUGGGUACCUUGAUUAUAUACCACAAUGUUGGAUUUUUGAUAUACUCAUAUUGUUAUAAGAUAAUGCACUAUUAGAAUGUGUUGAGCACUAGCGGUUCGGGGGGGGGGGGCAGUGCCUCUGUGACAACAAUUGUGGCCCCCCUAAAUGUGGAGUAUGAAAUAAUUUUUACAUAACUCAUUUUUGCUAUCGUUCUUUUUUUACAUCCGUUAUUAGACAGUGGCAACACGGAACAUGGUCUUUUACCUGCUAAUGCCUGCAAUGCAGUGAAGAAAACGAUAUGACAACAAUAACGUCUAAUGUAACUGGCCCCUCUAACAGUACAACUGGCCCCAGCUUGCCCCCCCCCCAGUUGAAAUGGUCUAGAACCGCCACUGGUGUUGAGUUCUUAUUUCAUCCAUCUUGUUUGUUAUAAUAAAAUAAUUUACCUAAAUUAUUUGUUCUGUAGACAUCUUCCCAUUAGAUUUUGUGGGAAAUGUGAUGUUGUUUUCUAUGUCAAUAUGUGGCAAUCUUUCCUGAUGUUGUCAUAUUUCCUUAUCUCCUUAGCUACUAAAAUGCUAUCAUCAGAGCUGGGUGAUGCCACUAGUUCUAGAAUGAGGAUGAGAAUCCCAAUUUUUAUAGUCAUGUUUUUCUUUUGUUGGCAUGAAUGUACAGACUUUUACAGGAAUCUCACCCUGCAUGUAAAUCAAAUCUCACAGGUUUCAUCUGAAGCACAGUUUAUGAACUUAACUGGUCAUUUAAAAAGACCAUUGGGGCAAAUUUUUGUCUUGCUUUUAGUUAUAUCCUGCAAAUGUUGAUACAUUUCCUUUCAACCAGAUGGGAGCUACAUUAUACAUUGCAUUUAUGUUAAUAAUUUGUUCAGAAAUUGGGAUAUUGCUCAACAAUGAAACAUCUGCUUUGAAAGUACAUAUUAUCCAGUGAUUUCAAUGAUUGUAGAAAAGUAAUCUGACAAAUGAUUAUGUAUAGUUUCAUUUAUUUCAAGGUAACAGAAUAAAUGUAUUUCUUCACAAUGAA